UAUAUUAAUAUAAAAAUCCUAAAAUUUGAUAGAAUCUCAUACUUUUAUUUUUGUUUGAUUAAUUUUAAAAGAAUUUAGCAUAAUUUAGUAUUUGUUUUAUUAUUUACAUGAUAUAAGCAACUAUUAUUUUCCAGAUAUAUUUCAUUCCUAAGAAAAAUUUAUUAUACAUAUAUAUAUAUAAUAUUCAUUGAUAAAAAGAACGUGAUUUAUAUAAUUUAAAAGAAAUAUUAAUGUCUUCAAAUUCUAAAGUAGUCAUCCCAGAACAUGUAUCUUUUAGAUAUUUUAAGCUAGUCGACUUUGAAAAAGUUUGCCAUCAGCAGAUUUUUAAACUUCCAUCCGAGAUCUUGACUCCUGAAGUAUUAGCUAAAAAAUCAACUAAAUCGGGUAUCAAGACAAAAGCUAUUAGAACUUCUUCACGUAUUCCGAAGCCUAAGAAAACUGACGAAGUUAACAUUGAAGAAGAUUCUCGAAGGUUUAAAAAGACAAAGACGAAUUUUAUAAAAAACAAAGGUUCUUCAAUUGUGGCGCAACACAGGUCGGUUAAAAGGACUUAUACAGAUAACGCAGACAGUGCCGCGACUCUCGCUUGGAAAGCACCCAACUUUCCCCGAAAGAAGAAAAAAACAAUUCAUUUAAAUGAACAACAAAUUCGUGCACUUCCGAAACAACCCAUCCUUUUUGCGAAUUAUAACGGUCGUGCGUUUAUCGAAAACCCUUUUAUGAGACAAUCUACUCCGUCAGUACUUAUUCAAGGCGCAUACAAAUUAAAUGCAGAAGAGAUUGAAAAAUCAUUCAUUCAAACUUGCUUUAGACGUCAAACUGAGCCCAAGGUUGAAAUAUCAACUGAAAAAUAAAUAAAUUUAUCGGAUGGUUUAACUAAUCUUUUAUUUAUUUUUUUUUAGUGCAUGGGAGCCAACGAGUCACAAACUUCCUUUUUUCUGGAAAUAAUUUCGCAAAAUUAAUUCACAAACAUUAAUUUCUUGAAUUUCUUUUCAUUAUUACUUAUUACGCAUAUUUAAAUACAAUUAAUUCCUUUCAUUUGUAAAUAAAAAAU